AUGGCUUGGAGAAGUCACGGCAUCAAUAAUGCAGAUAUGAUACGUAAUCUUCGAGCUAAUGGGAUCAUUAAAUCCGACACUGUUGCAAAUGCUAUGUUAGCUGUUGACCGCAAGAAUUAUUGCCCUGUUGCUCCUUAUCACGAUUCGCCUCAAUCUAUUGGCUAUUCUGCUACUAUAAGUGCUCCUCAUAUGCAUGCACAUGCUUUGGAGAGAUUAAAAAAUCAAUUAGUGCCAGGAGAAAAAGCACUUGAUGUUGGCUCUGGAUCUGGAUACUUGACAGCAUGUAUGGCUAUCAUGCUUGGAGAACAAGGACGAGUUGUUGGUAUUGAUCAUAUACCAGAACUUAUCACACUUGCUACAAAAAAUCUCAACAAUGAUAAUCCAGGGCUGCUUAAGUCUGAAAGAAUAAAACUUAUUGCUGGUGAUGGUCGUCUUGGGUACCCAGAAGAAGCUCCCUUUAACGCCAUUCAUGUUGGAGCAGCAGCCCCAACCUUACCACAGGCUUUAGUGGAACAACUGAAACCUGGUGGUCGUUUAAUUGUGCCAGUCGGGCCUGAAGGUGGUGAGCAACACUUAACUCAAGUGGAUAAAGCGGCAGAUGGCACAACAACAGUGAAAAAGUUAAUGAGUGUUAUAUAUGUUCCUCUCACAGAUAAAAACCAUCAAUGUCGUACUUGGCGUUAA